AUGUCUGAUUCCCAUGAUUUAACAAAAACGUGGGGAGACAUAGAUUCGGCAGUUCGUCGGAUAUCGGCACGUUGUGAAGUUUACAAGGAUCCCACCGAUCGCGUAUUUUCUGAAGCAACAGAAACAGAGAAGCUCAUAGAAAUUAAAGAAUCAUUUGAAGAAGAAGCGUUACAAUUUCGUCUAGCUGUUAUUCGGGAGCGUUUGAAACAAGAAAAACGUGAUAGUUGGCUUCGACCAAUUGGAAGUACAGAGUUCGAUGCAUUAAUACGUGUAGUAAUUGAACGGAAAUGUUUGGAAUCAUUAAAUGAAAUUGGUAUCACUGAUUUACUCAUACAAAUUGGCAGAGGUAAAGUAGAGCUUGAGAAAGUUAACCGUUGUGGUAUAAAUAUCGAUUACUAUCAUUACAAAGAUGACAUUUUACAAGAUAUCAUAGCAGCAGAUUUGAUAAUUGGACAUGCUGGUGCUGGAACGUGUCUUGAAGUGCUGCGAUGUAAGAAACCAUUUGUGGUAGUAGUCAAUGAAGAGUUGAUGGAUAAUCAUCAGUGGGAACUUGCCGAACGCUUACAUGAAUUGGAUCAUAUUUUCUGCACGAGACUAAAGGAUUUAGCAGAAAUUAUUAGAUCUCCCGAGAUAUUCAAACUUAAACCAUUUGCUGGACAUGAUUAUUCAACUUUGGCAAAUACUGUUCUUCGACAUAUGGGGAUUGAUGAUGUAUAA